AUUUGUGUCUCGCGACUCCCCAGGGGGUCACGACCCACACUUUGAAAACCCCUGUCUUAUCUGACUGGUCCAAACAAAAGCUUCAGAAUAUAACUUUUUGUUUAUUGUGUGUACAGUGCCAUAUAUACCUUCUGUUGCACACCAAGCUAUCCCAGUGAAAUGUUGUCGCUCAAAGCGCAGAGUGUGUCAUCUUCCCAAGCGUAGACGAUCUUUGUAGAGAGAAAGUCCGCGUGGUGCCGCGUUGACCAAUCGGCGGAGAGCGAGGAACCGUUGGCGUUUGAAUUGCUCCCUGAAAACAGCGGCAGUUGACAGCAGCAGCUUGUUCGGGUCGUUGAUGUUAUUUUUAAGUUAGUGAGCUAAAUACUUCAUUAAACCACACAAAGAUCUCUGGACGUCAGUUUUGACUUCAUCAUUCACCGAAAAUGUCGAAAAAACAGAUUUUUUACUCUGACAAGUACAACGACGAGGAGUUCGAGUACAGACAUGUCGUGCUUCCAAAGCAGCUGUCUAAGCUGGUGCCAUCCUCCCACCUGAUGGCAGAAGAAGAGUGGAGGGGACUCGGGGUGCAGCAGAGCCAGGGCUGGAUUCACUACAUGAUUCACAAACCGGAGCCACACAUACUGCUUUUCAGAAGACCUCUCCCGAAGGAUUAAAUGGGACUACAUCUGCUGGCAUUUUGCUGAUUUUGGAAGCUACAUCUCUCCUGCACACAUCUCCACAUACGUUCUAAUGUAUUGUUUAGAAACUAUUGUUGUAUCGUGUUUGUUGUCUCCUACAUGUUCCUCAAUUUUCAGAGGUGAUGUGAGGAAAACGUCUUGGGCCCACUGCGAAUGAUAACCUCAUGAACGAUAUGUAGGUGAAAGUGAGCCUGUUAAUGGAACAAUUCAAUACAUUUUUAUUCUCACAUUCUCUGAAGCCAUUGUGUUAUGGUUGAUUUAUUUACUGAUUGCUUUUAUUUUCCUUCAGCCCACCAUUUUCUCACAAGAGAUUCAGUGUUGUGAAUAUUGCUCGUUCUUUGAACUUGUAUUUUUGUUAUGUACAUAUUAUUUGUAGAUAUACAUUUUGAAAGUGAGUCAUGGUUGAUCCAACCAGCUCUUUGUUAAUGAAAGAACAAAAUUAAACGUACUUCUUCACGUU